AUGUCUACAACACUCUAUUUGAUUACUAAUUUCUCUGCUAAAUCUUUUUCUGAAAAUAUUCAAAAUUCUCUUCAGACAGCUAUAAGUUCUAAUAAUAUUACAAAUUAUAUCAAACUUAAUUAUACUGAAGGUUUUACUAAUUCAAAUCCUAAAAAUUCUAAUAAAUAUAAUUAUAAAUAUUUUGCUAAAAGCAAUUGCAGAAAGAAACAAUGCUUAAGAUUUGGACAAAAGCUUGACCCAGUUUAUAAAUAUAUUAAUGAACUAAGUGAUGAGCUUAGUGAUAAAGCCUUUAAAGUUUGCAAAAUAUGCAAUAAUAAGUGGGCUGAAGAAACAUCAAUUUCAACUAUAAAAAGUCACUUUAAAAGCAAAUAUCCACUUAUCUUUAAAGAUCUUCAACAAAACUCUUUAAGCACUUGA